AUGGCUUCACCAACAUCUGCCAAUAUCGACGCUCCAUUGCGCAUACGCCUACACCGACAAUGUGGCGCUUGUAACCACCUUUUUUUGCCGGGCGAUCAUCUGGUUGCACUGCUUUGUAAUGAAAAAUCCAUUCGAGCGUAUAGUGUGCUUACCUUUGUACCCAACUCCCAGUGCAAAUUGCUAGAACAUGAUAACAUCCAAUUUUGCAUGCAUCACAUAUGUGGCUUUUGCUCCAAACUCAAUGAGGGCGAGGAGAGCGUGACGGUUCAUGCUGAUUGUCUAAGUAUGUUUGGUCAAACUUGCAGUGCCCCAGAUAAAUACCAGAGGCUCUGGAUUGCAGGGACUAGAAUAUACCCGUGGCGGACCGUCGCGCCCUUGGAGCUCGACCCUGGCUGCUGCGCAUCUCCAGAACUCAUCAGCAGCGCUGCUGGUUUACAUAGGACGUUGCUUCCAGAGCUGGCUGAUAUAAUUGGUGGCUAUUUACAGCCACAUCAUGCUCUCUUGAGGUUUUGCAGUGUUAUACGACUAGCGAAAGAGUUGAGCAGGGCUGAAAUGGAUUAUGCUGUCACCUAUCCACUUUGCGAGGUUCUGUCGUGGUCUCGUGGUGCCUCUCCUACAUUGGUUGAACAAGGGCAGGCCGCCAAUCCUAGAGUUCGGCUUACCAUUGACUCUCGCGGGAUUGAAAGGAUUGAAAGAGUUUCUGAUGAUUCACAAGAAACUACUAGGGACUUGUUAACCAAUUCUCACGCAUAUGUUGUAGACCUAGUGGAACAACUAUCAGGGGUUAGCAUAGGAUUUCAGCUGGGAAUGAGCCGUCUGCAAGUUCCGACGUCAGUAAACAUCAGCAUCUGGAACGUCCCGUCGCCGCAAGACCUCCCGCGUACUACAUGUAUUACAUUCCACGGCAAACUUUCAUCUGGACGAUUUGCAGCCCUUGAUCUAGAUCCAAAACAGUGCACUGGAUUAUCUUUUUUCUUGUCCAUUAGACAGAUAAUGGCUAUCCAUGGGCAUACGAAGCGAGGCUCACGGGCUCCUCAGGCCUUUCAGCAUCUGAAUCGCGAUCACUCGCCUGGCCUAUUCUGGAUCUACAUUCCAAUAACAGCCAACGAUAAGGUGAUUGCGAUCGGUACCAGGGAGGCUUACAUUGCCAAUGGUGGAAGUUAUUCGAUUGUACUAAAAAUGAAAUCUGGGACUUAUUUUAUUGGGUUUCCUCUCGUUAAGAUCAUGGGACCGAUAGACGAAACCUUGCAUUUAAUUCAAGAAGCAGACGAUCGCCACUUAACACUUAUUCACGAAGUUCCGUAUAACACGGGCAUCUCGUUUAUUGCGGUUGACAAGGUAACAAGGACCACUUCUAGGAUCAUAAUCAAAAGGUCGAACUUUCCCCACUAUUCAACCCAUUCUUAUGCAUCCCUGGAGGGUGUGGUUAACGCACGUGUCUUGAGGGAUAAGGAGAAAGGUAUGUGUCGCGGCAUUUUGCUGGAAUAUGAAGACGGUACGCUGCGAGCGCUCGGGCAAUGCCGCCUUGGCCUUGAUACUGUUCAAUGCUACAAGCAUCCGACAAAAUUUCACUACACCAUUGUGAAAUACUCUUCCCAUAUUAAGACGCAUGACUCUAGAUGUCUUCAAGCAGCCUUUGACUCUGAAAGCGGCCUCUUUUCGACGCAUAAUAACUCGGAAUGGAAGACUUGUCCGAUGAAGGGUUUUUUGCAAUUUUCAUUUAACCAUUUCGGGGUUGCAGUUAGAUAUCAUGACGCCUGGCGGCCACAUUUUGACUACUAA